UGCGAGUAGUGUGAGCGAGUCCGUUCCGCUCCCUGCCAGCUGCCGCCCCCGCCCCCGCGCGCGGCGGGCGGGCGGGCGGGCGUGCGCGCGCGCGGCGCGUGGCUCUGACAGCGCCGCCCUCGCCUCUGUUGCAGGUUCGGCAAGCGCACCGAGGCUCGCCCCUUCUCCGACGACUCGCUGGCGGAGAUGAGGAGACAGCGGACCCGACCGCCGCCCUUCCCCGCCCCGCCCGCCCCGCCGCGCCCUACCGGCUGGCGCCGCCCCCGCCCUGCCCGCUCGCCCACUACGCCCGCCCGCCCCCGCCGUCGCCCACCCGCUGGCGGGCUAGUCCGUCCGUUCAGGGUAGCGAGAAACCAACACGCCGCCCCCAACGCU